GGCCCUGAAGUCCAGCCAGCGUUCCUUGUGCUCCAUGAUGAUUGUGGACACGCCCGGCCUCCAGAACCCCGAGAUGGCCGGGCAGAGUCGUGGGGCCACGUUUGAGGAGCUGUGCCACAACUACGCCCAGGAGAGGCUGCAGGGUCUCUUCCACGAACGCACCUUCGUGCAGGAGCUGGAGAGAUACAAGGAGGAGAACGUAGAUCUCUGCUUAGACGCCCUGGAGCCCACCGUCUCGGGCUCCGUGGCCACAGUGGACGAAGCGUCGCACCAGGCACUGGUUCGCACCCUGGCCCGGACCGAUGAAGCCCGUGGGCUGCUGUGGCUGCUGGAGGAGGAGUCCCUCCAGCCGGGGGGCAGCGAGGAGGGUCUUCUCGAGCGGCUCUUCACCCACUACGGCCCCCAGGACGGAGACAAAAAAG